AUCCCAACCCUAGAACAUAAGCCCAAAAAAAAAAAUGAAAAAAAAGUUGUGAUGCCCAUAACGCACCACCGCGCAAAAUAGCAUCAUCCACCAUUAAACACUAUUAACACACCGUUUACUACAACCCUUCCCAGAAAAUUAAAAAAUAAAGAAAAAAACCAAACACAAUUUUUUUUAUUACCAGUAAAUUGUCUCCAUUUCCGAUCGGCUCAAUCGACGGAAUCUAGAAUUCUUUGCCGCCGAUUAGCCGGAAUUUCUCUCUUAUCCGAUUCUCUGAAAUUCUUGGUUCCCUAAACCCUAGAAAACCUUUACUGUUUGGUACCUCCACUAUAAGCACAUAUAUUAUUUAUAUAUAGAUAUAUUAUAUAUAAAAAAGAAAUGCGUUUUUUCUCUGUCUGUGCUUUAGGUACAGUGAGAUUCACAAUUAGUUCAGCUUGAUUUAGCUCGAGCUCCCAAGUACACGUGGCGAUCUGGGUCUUCUUCACCUCCACUUCUGCUCAAGUUUCAAAAUGAAAAUGUGGGUAUGCCUGAGAAUUGAGCUUCUUUCGUGGUUAAGCACGUUGUCUUGGUUGUAGCUUACUUUUCAAAUUUUUGGUUUUGAUGUAAUUUGAAUUCCUACAUGGAAGCAAACAAGGAAGAAGCUCUCAAAGCGAAAGAGAUCGCUGAGAAGCGAUUUUUUGAGAAAGACUUUGCUGGUGCAAAAAAUUAUGCGUUAAAGGCCAAGACACUGUGUCCGGGACUGGAGGGUAUAUCUCAAAUGGUCACCACAUUUGACGUUUAUAUUGCUUCUGAGGGUAAAUCCAAUGGUGAAACAGAUUACUAUUCUAUUCUUGGGUUGAAACCUUUUGCAGAUAAAGAUGCAGUAAAGAAACAGUACAGGAAGAUGGCUGUGAUGCUUCAUCCUGAUAAGAACAAAUGUGUGGGAGCUGAUGGUGCUUUCAAACUUGUUUCUGAGGCGUGGACCUUGUUGUCAGAUAAUUCCAAAAAAAAAUCUUAUGAUCACCAGAGAAACAAACAAUCCUCCACAGUUGUUAACCAGACAAAUUUGUCUUCUGUUCAUUCUUCUGGUGUUGUUACAGGUUUUAAUAAUUGCUCCAACUCCUCUGCAUCUCACGUUAGGCUUGACACGUUCUGGACAGUGUGCACUUCAUGUAAAGUGCAGUAUGAGUAUCUUCGGAAGUAUGUGAACAAGAGGCUUUCAUGUAAAAAUUGUCGGGGUGUUUUCAUUGCUGUGGAAACAGGGACAGCCCCAGCAAAUGGGUCUUUCCCCUAUACUCCUUGGUCCUAUGUGCCUGGCAAUGGUUAUGCUGGAAGUCAUGGCUAUGACGGGGUUACAUAUGUUCCCUCAAACACAACCUAUUUUGCGGGAAACGGGGUCUCGGGUUUUCAUUCUGGACAUGGAUUUGAAUAUGUUUCCAAUGUGUCAUUUCAGUGGAGCUCGUUUUCUGGAACUUCUGUUGGAGUUAUGGGUCCUACUGGACCAUCUUCUGUAGCCCCUGAUGCUAUUUAUCACACCCAUGGAAAUGUUAACGUAGCUGGAGCGAAGUUAAACACCAAAGCUAAUGGAAAACGCUCCAUGAAAAAUGUUGGGGCUAAUGGAAAUUUGAAUCUGCCCACUGGUGGUUACGAUUCAUCAGGGUCAAAGGUCAACAAACUUGAUAAGAGAAGAAAACUUACAGUGGCUGCCAGUUUCCGUAAUGGAUAUGAUGAAACAGUACCACAAUCUGAUUUGGAAACAAAAAUGGAAAAUGGGAAUGCAAGUAGUGGGCCGGAUCAUAAACUUUCUAGUCCAGUUGAAGUUCCGAAUAAACGAUUCUCCGCAGCACCUGCAUUUGAUGCUAGAAAGUUGUUGAUUGAGAAGGCAAGGACAGAAAUUCUGAAGAAAUUAGAAGAGAUUAAGUUGGAGUCGACUGUGGAACCCAUAGUUAAGAAGUCAAAAGCACUAUCCGAAGUUGGUCAAGCCACGGUAGCUAAAGAAGAAACCAAAAAAGUGGACUCAGAUGCUUCUUUUCUCCAACUAAAUGGACGUAAAACUGCUCCUCUCUCUAUUACGGUACCUGACCCUGAUUUCCAUGAUUUUGACAAAGAUAGAUCAGAGGAAUGCUUCAAGCCAAAACAAAUAUGGGCUCUGUAUGAUGAAGAAGAUGGUAUGCCUCGUUUGUAUUGUCUGAUACGUGAAGUGAUCUCAGUUAAACCCUUUAAGAUUCUUAUAACUUACUUGAGCUCGAAAACCGACAGUGAAUUCGGGUUGGUGAACUGGCUGGAUUGUGGAUUUACCAAGUCUUGUGGAAAUUUCAGGGCGUAUAACUCUGAUAUUGUUGAACAAGUCAACAUUUUCUCUCAUCUUUUGAGCCGGGAAAAAGCUGGCAGGGGAGGGUGUGUUCGGUUAUAUCCCAGGAGUGGAGAUAUUUGGGCUGUGUACAGGAAUUGGUCGCCAGAUUGGGACAGAUCAACUCCAGAUGAAGUAAGGCACCAAUAUGAAAUGGUGGAGGUCCUUGAUGAUUACUCUGAAGAGCUUGGUUGUUGUGUUUCUCCUCUCGUGAAAGUCACAGGAUUCAAGACCGUAUAUGGCAGGAACUCCGACAAGGAUGCCAUACGAUGGAUCCCAAGGAGGGAGAUGCUGCGCUUUUCUCAUCAGGUGCCGUCCUGGUUGCUCAAGGGAGAAGAGAAUGAUCUGCCAGAAAAACGUUGGGAUCUUGACCCAGCCGCAACCCCAGAUGAUCUGCUUCAUGCUGCUGGAGAGGCAGAGGCUUAACACACUAGAAAAGCAGGGGAGCACAAUUUACUUGAUGGGGAAUGUCAUUUUAGCAUUCUUUAAACAAACUUAGGUUUAACUGUACAAAUAUGUCACACUUUGGGUAGAGACCAUUGCAACAUUUAACCGCCGGAAGUGGUUUUAGAGGGUGUCAUGUUUUUACUGAGUAAAAACUUAUCAUUAGAUUUUCAAAAUUUAUUGACUGUUUGUUUACAUCUUAUCCCCUUUUCAGCUGUUGUAAGUUGUAACAGUUAUUUAGUAUAUCAGAUUGCCAAGUCAAUCGUGACCUUUAAUUUUUGUU